CUGGCUCCACGUGGUUUUCACCGCUCGCCCCGGGGACCUGGUGGUCCCAAGGGAUCUCCAGGUUGGGGUGGUGCGGUAGAAAGAACCGCAGGCAGCCAGGAGGGUCGGUCUGUGACUUCUCCCCGAAACGUGCAAGGAGCGCGCUCUGCGGGGAAAACCGGACUCCGCCGGCUUCCGACGACAAGCUUGCGACGGAGAGUCGGAGUCCCGAACGACAGGUGAGGACGAGUGAGCGGACCAAAGGGAAGGACAGUCCGGGGUCACCAACCAGACCGCCAUGGCCGCGCCCGCCCGCCGACUGUGCCAUAUCGCCUUCCACGUGCCCACAGGGCAGCCUCUGGCCAGGGAUCUGCAGCGCCUCUUCGGCUUCCAGCCCUGGGCGGCGCGGGAGGCCGGCGGCUGGCGGCAGCUGGCCCUGCGCAGCGGUGCAGCCGCCCGGGCGCUGGCGGCAAAGGGCAGCUGCGUGCUGGUGCCCCCUGUUCGUGUGCAGGAUGCACUGGGUGCUGCCACCUACACCGUGGUCAGCUCGCCGGCCGGCAACCUCAGCCUGACGCUGCUGGAGCGCACCGGCUACCGCGGACCCUUCCUGCCCGGUUUCCGCCCUCUGUCCUCCAAAACCGGCCCGGGAUGGUUCAGCCACGUGGACCACCUGACCCUGGCCUGCACCCGCGGCAGCUCCCCUACACUGAUGCGCUGGUUCCACGACUGUCUAGGUUUUCACCACCUGCCACUGAGCCCAGGUGAGGAUCCGGAGCUGGGCUUCGAGGUGACAGCGGGGUCUGGACAAGGGGGGCUGAGGCUCACUGCCCUGCAGACCCGGCCAUGCAGUGCUGUCCCCACCCUGGUGCUGGCUGAGUCCCUCCCGGGGGCCGCCGGUGGACCGGACCAGGUGCAGCAGUUCCUGGCCCGGCACAGAGGACCCGGCCUGCAGCACGUGGGACUGUACACACCGAACAUCACAGAAGCCACUGAAGGGGUGACUUUGGCGGGGGGCCGGCUCCUGAUUCCCCCGAAGGCCUACUACCAGCAGCCCGGCAAGGAACGUCAGAUCCGAGCUGCAGGCCAUGAGCCCAACCAGCUGGCCCUGCAGGGAAUUCUGCUAGACGGCGAGAAGGGCAAGUUUCUGCUUCAGGUCUUCACCAAGUCGCUCUUUGCAGAGGACACCUUCUUCCUGGAGCUGAUUCAGAGGCAGGGGGCCACAGGCUUUGGCCAGGGCAACAUCCGGGCCUUGUGGCAGUCCGUGGAGGAGCAAGCUGCCAGGGGUCAGGAAGCCUGAGGAGGCCAGAGCUGGCAGCCACCUGUCCUGGAGGUCUGGGGAGUUCAGCACAGGGCCUGGUGGAAUAAGCCUUCGUCCCUAGGGGCCAGGUGUGGCCCCCAUUUCAUCAGUGCCUGCCAGAAGUUGAAUCUCUCUCUGGGAUCCAAAGAAGUUUGUUUUUUUAACUAUAAAACACUUUUUACAGUCUAUAUCUAAAUAAAGAAUAAGGGAGUGUAACUCCUUUAGGAAAUGGAACACAACCAAUACUCUUGAAGACUUUUAUGUCCUUCUCUGACCUCAUUUCCCUUCACCCACUCCCAAUUUUAGGAUUAUUAACCCCGUGCUUUUCUGUAUUGAUUCACUACAUAUGUAAUUUAUCCCUAAAUAAAUGAUUUCUUAUUUGAGGUA